AGCCAAGUGGCCCGACCGCAAACAUCGUAUCUCCGAUCUCCGCGAUGUAUUUGGAGUCUGUGGUUUUUCCUUGCUGUUGUUUUGACUAGCAAGAUUAAAUGAUGUCCCGGUGUUGAAUUCCUACACAUGUAGCUGAUUCUCGGCUCUGGGUUUUGUGCACAGAGAAUGGGUAAUUUAAUCUGGAACCGAUUCUUUUGGAGCUGGAACCGAGGAUAGUGGGUACCUGGUUUUCAAAAAAAUUGGACUCACGGUUCUGGUUCUCAAGUUUGACAAAAUGAGUGACAGUGAUGAUGACGUACCAAGACUGUCUGCUGAAACCAUGGCAGCACUGCAGGAGUUUUACAAAAGCCAAGAAUUGACUGAGGCAUCUGAUGUGCAAAGUGGAAUAAGUGAGAACUGGAACCUGUCACAGUUUUGGUACACUGAUGCAACUGCUGAAGCACUGGCAAAGGAGACCCUUCGUGCUGCAGGUUCUACUGGAAGAAUAGCAUGUGUAUCCUGCCCUUCACUCUACAAGAAACUACAACAGCUGAAGCCAGCAACAUGCACCACAGUCCUGCUUGAGUUUGACAAGAGGUUUUCGGUUUACAAAGACUUUGUGUUUUAUGACUUCAAUACACCACUUGAACUGGCCAACCUGCAGAAAAACACCUUCGAGGUGGUAGUUGCUGACCCUCCAUACUUGUCAGAAGAGUGUCUCAGUAAAACAGCACAAACUGUACGAUUUUUAAGCAGUGGAAAAGUCAUCUUAUGCACAGGUGCUGUAAUGGAGGAUUUAGCCGCAGAUCUCCUGGGUGUAACCAUGUGUUCAUUUGUUCCAAGCCAUGCAAGAAAUUUAGCAAAUGUAUUCCGCUGUUUUACUAACUUUGACACACACUACCUUAAUCAAGGUAAUAGCUGAUGUACUCAUCAUCACUGAUCAUUGCCACAAUCUUUGUAAGCUGACUAUACAUUUAAAGUUGACAAUAAAAUUGAACAAAGAAAUUGACUGGAGCGAGGUUUGAACCUGUGACCUCUGAAACGCUGUACUAGACGGUGCUCUACCAACUCAGCAUCUAGUCCUAUGUUGGCAAUUUCUCACUUUGCCAAUUGAUUUGUUCAAUUUCAUAAUCAUUAUACAGGCAUCUUGUGAGUUAGGCUUUGUAGUCUAUUUGACAAUAUAUAAUUGUAAAUGCUCUACUCAAUUGAAUUCUCUUAGUUCAUUCUCCAAGGUCCCAAACUAUGGAAUUCCCUUCAGCGGCCUUUGCAAAAACCCAAAUCUGAUAUAUAUUCAAAAAAACUUUCAAGCAAUUCCUCUUAAAUAAAACGUUGUUCGCUAUUUGUUUUGUCAUAUUUUAAUUUAUGUGCUCCAAUAAAUUUUUGAUCAUUUCAUUCUAAUAUAAUUAUCAACAUGUACAUACUCUUUCUUUUCACUUUAUAAUGUAAUAAAUUUUCUGUUGUUUAGUUCAACUUUGAGUCUUUGUCAAUAUUUACUUUAAGCUACUGAUCAGAGGC